AAUUUCAUACAGGUCCAAGAUGGUGAGUACUCAGAUGGAUUGAAUCGGAUGUUUCAAAGUCAUCUGAAAGUCGAGACUGAUGCCAUGAUCCUCAGGAGAGCCCUCACGAGCAUCAGCAGAGUCUGCUACUCUCCCGAAUCAUCAACAACGUUGUAAGCAGCGACGAUGGUUGAGCCUCAUGUUUCUUACACUAAUCAUUGUUGUACUAGGAAAAACUCAAUGAAGCAGUCAUGGUACUCAACAAAAGCUUGCAAGUGGGUGUCUUUUGUGUUCUCAUUGCGCGUCGUUGAUACUGACCAACAAAUCCAGGAAGUCAACAUCCAGAAUAUGAAUGUUGAGCUCGUUGCGCAGAUGUUCAAGAACUACCAGUCGAAUGUUCUCUUCCAUCUAGAAGGUAUGUGCCCCUAUGCUUAGGAUAUUUAGUAAGAUGCUGACUCUGUAUAGCUACGGAGAAUCUCAAAGACCCAUCCUAAAUACGUCUGCAUGGUCGGAGUCAUGAUGAAUUUACGAAUUAUGGUGGAGACGGUCCUGUAGUCAAUAAUGCUUGUUCGUUUGUAAACAAAUCUGUAGGGAAUCUGAUCUAAGACUUGUGCUGCCUCUGGUUGUCAAUAAUGAUAAUCAUAAUAAUAAAACACCCCUUCAAGAG